CCAAGGCACUUCAGGUCUUGGCAUCCACACGAUGUCCAGCUCAGCAACUCGUUUAUGUUUUCUUAUUUUAAAAGAAAGAUAUGGAGAGGUUGUGGCCUCCGUUGCUUGCUGCCUUGCCAAGAAAAAUUACUGUCCAUUGAGAAUGCUCUCACAAGACUCUGGCCUUAAAUUAGACCAGGUCAAGAAAGCACUUUGUACACUUAUUCAGCACAAUCUAGUAACCUUCCAACAGAAUAAGAAGGGGUUUAUAGAGUAUGUCAUCCAUGCUGAAAAGGUCUUGCAGCAGACAAGGUUUCCAAGGUAUAUUUAUUGUGCAAAGACACUAUAUGGAGACCCAGCAGAAUUAAUAAUUGAAGAAUUAUUGCAACAUGGCCAGAUGACAUUGGAAAAGGUUGUUCAGAGAACAAUUGACAGAUUGACAGAAGCUAUGGAAGGUAAACAAAAUGUUUCUUCAACAUUGGUUAAAGAGAAAUUUGUGAACCUUGUUCAGACACAUUUUGUACAGAGGUGUACCUCACCUGAUGGCAAUGCAGAAAAUAAAGAAGUUGCUUCUAUGCCAGUCCUGUCAGUUUCACCAGAAGAGCUGUAUGUUGUGCCAAAGCUGGAGCUAGAUGGUUUUGAAUCUAGAAAAAGAAAGAGAUCUGGGGAAGGUUCUGAGGCAGCAUCAAAAAGAAUAAAAACAGAUGAGUCAGAGUCAUCUGAGUCUAGUAUCUUUUGGAGAGUCAAUGUCAGCCGUUUCCAUCAAUAUCUUCGAGAUCAGGCCAUAGUCCAGGCAGUGGCUAGCAAAAUAGAUAAAAAUGCAGCAGAGGUGGUCAGGGCAAUGCUAAGACUCAGUGAAGUAAAAACUGAUGAAGGUGCAUUGGUUGCCAGUGCUGUGACUGUGACUGAGGUAUUUCAGAAUCUCCCCAGAGAAUUUGGAAUUUCAAAGCAGACUAUUGAACAGUAUAUGAAGCUUCUCUCAGAGGACUCUAGUGAAUUUGUGAGCAAGGUUUCUGACAGUGGAGGUGGCAUGUAUGUUAUAAAUUUUAAAAAACUAAUAACAGUACUGUGCAGAGCACAUAUAGAAUCAGCUGUGCAAGAAAGGUUUGGGUCAAAAUGUUUCAGGAUAUUCCGCUUACUACUUAUGAAAAAGAAUUUGGAGCAGAAACAGAUUGAGGAGUAUGCAAUGAUUCCAUCCAAGGAAGCUAAGGAACUAUUAUACAGAAUGUUUGAAGAAAAGUUUGUCUCCUUAACUGAGGUGCCAAAGACCCCUGAUCAUGCUCCUUCAAGAACAUUCUAUUUGUUUUCUGUCAAUAUUAAUCAAGUUUCCAGGAUGCUCCUUGAAAGAUGUUACCAGGUAUGUGGAAAUCUCAUCAUUCGCAGAGAACAUGAAACAAAAGAAAACAGGUAA